AUGCAUUGGCCGUCCCUCUUAGUUGCCAGUGCGGCAUUCGUUGUUCCAUGCCUGGCACUGCCGACCACAUCCAGCCAAGGAAACUCACCUCAAUCCGCUGAAGACGCUGUACCUGGAGAGUCAUACUUGUUCACAACCUAUACAGGCAAGAAGACACCACUCGCAGCCAACUACACCCGAGUCAUUCCACCCACAGACCCCGACGGAUCCCCCGACCCCGACGAUGUACUAUGGCAGAAUCUCGCCAGCGCAGAAUGGAUCAUCUACUCCUUCUACCAACAAGCCGUCGAGGCCUUCUCACCCUCGGACUUUACAGCCCUGGGCCUCCCAAACACAACUUACCAGCGGAUCGCCGAAAUCCGAGACAACGAAGCAGGCCACCUCCGCAUCUUCCAGGACCAAAUCUCCAAUCACUCGCUCAAACCAGGACCCUGCAAGUACGAAUUCGGCUUCAACAAAUCAACCCCCGAGAUAUUCCUCGCCCUGCAAGUCUACAUCGAAGUCUCAAGCAUGGCCUUCCUCACCGGCCUCUCCCGCCAAGCCAACCUUAACGUCUCCAAAUCCGCCCUGAUGGCAGUCGGCCAAGUCGAAACCCGCCACAACGUCUGGUCCCUCAUCGACGUCUACAACACGAGUCCUUUCUCCGGCCCCGCAGACACCGUCUACCCCUACGCGAACCAGAUCCUCGACACGACAAACAACUUCGUCGUCCCCGGUUCCUGCCCCAAGGCGAACCCCGUCUAUCCCAAUCCCCGCCAGGGUCUCCCUUUGCUGGCGUUCAGCAAGAACGGGACCACCGCGCGGCUGGGUUCGAAGAUCCAUUUUCUGUUCGAGGACCCGGAUAAUCAGCCACAGUUCGAGGACGAGACAGAGUACUACGCGGUGUUCUAUCAUGGAAUUAACACCGUCAGCGUACCGUUUGAUCGGAAGACUAAUAGCUCGACCAUCCCGGCGCGGUUUGAUCCCGAAUCGAGUAUUAUCAUGGUGAAUAUUGCGGAUCGGCGGGAUGCGCCUACGGAGGAGAGUGUCGUUGCGGGACCGUUGAUUAUCCUGGAGCAGCCGGGGAGUUUGACGUUGGAGGAGCCGACUGCUGUGUAG